CCUCACGUUGAUGCUUGAAUAUUGUAGAAGUUCAUGGUUUAUCUUUUGUCUCUAGGUCUUACACUCACUUUGAUUUCAUAACACCCACCACGUCUAUAUAUAUUACCUCAAAUCAGAGCUGUAGGAUUCUUUGGAAAACAUCAUCUGCUGCAUCAUGUUUUUAGCUAUCCUUCAUAACCCUUGAGAGAUUUUUUUUGGGUGAAGGGUUAUGAAUUCUCGUUGCCUCUCAAUUUUGAGUGUCCUCCUAAUAGAUCUAAAGCUAUAUAAGAAGUUUUUGGUUUUCAUGUUGACUCUUUGGGGAAGGAUACUGAGCAAUUAAUGAAAAAUACACUACUCCCUCCAUGCCUAAAUAAUUGGCCACGUUUUUAUUUAAUAAGGCCACUAUUAUCUUUAAUUUUGAUUUUUCCCAUAAUAUUCUUAGCUAUAUCCAUAACAAAGAGUUUCAAACAAAAACAGUGGUGGUGGAGGUGUACAGAAUAUGGAUAAUUAAGUUGUUAUUAUUAUAAUAUGGAUAAUUAAUUGUUUGCUUGAUAUUGUUUAUAAUAUUUUUUGAUUUAAUUAAUAGCUUAUUAUAAUAUACUAUUUAGAGUACUUGACAUUACAUAAAACAAAGAUAAUAAUAUAAUAAAAAAAAGAUAUAAGUGUUUAAUAGGCCGAAUUGAAUUUCUAUUAGGUGUAUAAUUUAAAGUAUUAAUCACAACAAGACAUAAAUGAAUAUAAUUCGGUUAUAGAUGUUUGAUGCUAAUAAAGUUAUUUUUGCAUAUGAAGUUCGGUAAAGGUGUCGAAAGAAAAGUACUCGACAUAGUGUAAGAAACAUAUGAUAUUGAGUUGGCUGGUAAUCUCUUCCUCAGUUUUAUCUUUUACUUCUUCUUCUCUUUGUUCUUCCACUUCUUCCUCUUGUAAUUAUGAAGAUGAACAAUCAUCCGGCCUUACGCACAAGGAUAUGGAAUGACUUAUUUAUUUAAUACAUCAAUGUCAUUGGAAGAAAAGUGCUUCACAGAGUGUAAGAAACAUAUGAUACUGAGUUGGCUGGCAAACUCUUCCUCAGUUUUUUCUUUUACUUCUUCUUCUUGUUCCUCCACUCCUUACUCUUUCUCUCCUUCUGUGUCUCUCUUAAUCUUUCUUUUCUUGCUUUUUCUUUUUCUGUUUUAUCUUUUUUCUGCAUUUUCUUCUUUGUCACUUUCUGAUUGCUUAGUAUCUUCCUCACCUUUCUGAACUUCGCUCCACCUUCGCCAACAUUCCCUUGACCUUGCUGCACCUCCACUGACCUUGCUCCACCUUCGUCAGCACUCCUCAAAAUGGGUGAUAGACAAAAAUUGGUUUAAGAAUAGCAAAAUAUUCUGUAGUGAAAACAAUGACCAUUUACUUUAGAAAAAUUAACUUUGAAGUGAUUAAUAGGCAGCUGAAUCUUUUUAUUUUUAAUCCAAUUCUCGUGUCUAGCCAUCGGGACAUGUUUCUUCUUUGCUAGAUUCGCGCGCGCCAUAUAGGGGACAUGUUUCUUUUUUGCUAGAUCUGAUUAAGUGUUAAUUAGUACAAUAUAUGUUGGGAAUUCCCGUUAAGCUAUAGUUCAUUUGCAUUAUUAUAAGCUCAUCUGCCUAUUUAACCUCAUUAGAAGUAGUAUAAAAGGGAUAGAUGCUAAUUUUGUAUGCAUUAGGAUAUGGAACGACUUAUUUAUUUAAAACGUCAAUCUCAUGUAUGAGGAUGGUUGUGCUGUUGUAGGGAAAGGUGUCGGAAGAAAAGUGUUUGACAAAGUGCAAGAAAUAUAUGAUACUGAGUUGGCUGGCAAACUGUUCCUUAGUUUUUUCCUUUACUUCUUCUUCUCUUUGUUCCUCCACUCCUUUCUGUUUUCCUUCUUCUGUUUCCCUCUUUUUUUUCCUUUUAAAUUUUUCCCUUUCCCUUUUCUUUUUCUGCAUUUCCUUUUUCUCCACUUUUUUGAUUGUUCAGCAUCUUCCUCAUCUUUCUGAACUUUGCUCCACCUUUGCCAACUCUCCCUUGAUGUCGCUGCAUCUCCGUUAAGCCAUUUCAUUAUUGAGUUUUAAACACCUUCAUUAACAGCUUCUGGUUCCAAUUGGUCUUUUUAAAGGUAUGUCCCAAGACUCACAUCUCAGAAACCUUGCCCGAUGAGCGCCAGCUAUCCUUGACCUUCACUCCGCCCUUUGAUUGUUCGGCAUUGAACUAUCUUUAUGUUGUCUGGUGAUGUGGUUGCCUUUCAAGCAAUUGAACAAAAACUCAGGAAAAAUACAACAUUCUUCAAACUCAGUCCAUCUAAUUCCCUAGGUUCAAGCAGUGUUUUAGAAUGGUCACUCAAAACAAUUGAGACCGCUGAAGAUGCAUCCAAAAAGGAUUUAACAAAAUCAACUGUUGCAAGAAGUGAAGAAAUUGAAUAUUCAGAUUUAAAUAUGAAUGUGGAAUUAACACCAACCAAGCCCUAUGUGAGUACUUCAGUUAAUAAAGAAGAUAAUGUUACAGCUACAUACGAAGAUUCAACAUAUUCAAAAAUAAGAGACAAAGGGAAAGAUAAAAUUUCAGAAACAACUUUCUGUAAAUUCCCAUUGCCAUCAAAAGGUAUUGUUAUAGCUGAUGAAGGCCAUCGAAUUGCUGACAGAAACAUGAAAAACAAGCCCCUGAAACAUUCAACUGCCGAAACACCUGCUACUGUGAAUUCUCCUAAGGUUUCACCUGCUGAGUGGACAACACUCUGUCGCACAUGCAAGAGUGGAGACAAACUGUCUCCAAUGACUCCAGUACAAAAUGAAGACACGAAACCUAACUCGGUUUGUGAACAAAGUGUUGUUCGAAAAAAACUCCGUCUCACAACACCACAAUCUGUUGAAAAUGAAGAUCAUGACUCUGCCACCAAGGACCCAACUAAUGCUGUACCAGACAGUGAUGCAAAAACGUCUACACCCAAGAAUGAUCAUGUCACAGAUCACUGAAAGAUAUUGGCAGGAAAUAAAAAAAAAACAGCAAUGUAUAUAGGUAAAUGAACUAGCUACUAUGAAAAACUUCAAAGGUGUGGUACUGUCACCCCCUUUUUAUGAAAAAAAAUUGCUUGCAUGAUAAUUACAUCAGUGACAUCUAUUAAACACGAGGAGAAAAAAUCCUCUGUAUAUUUUGUAUUGCUCCAGCAUUGCAUUAAAAUAAGUUUAGAUGAAGGUAGAAUAUCCAAUGUAAAUAGGGUUGCAAUUCUGUUGAGUUAAAUCUUUUGAAGAAUUUUCUAAGAACAUGUACAAUAGUUAAUGUUCCUGGAAAACACUACAAAGGGUAGUAUGUUGAUUAUUAGAAAAAUACACUGAUGUAAUGUUCAUUCAUAAAUCAACAUAUAUAAAAUAUAAAUAUUAUGCUAAA